UCGAUUUACGGGACAGUCUGUCCCGUCAGGACGUUUUAAAAUGUGCCUAAAAUACGGGACGUCUCGGUAAAUACGGGACGGCUGGCAACGCUUAUUGGGAUUUGGAAUUAACCUUAAUGUGUGUACAGCAAGAAUGUAUUUUUUACCACUGUAUUUUAUAUAAUAUACAACGAAAUGGUUUCAGAUAAUGGAGAAAAGCCGACAAGUUCAGUACUUAGUGACGUUAUGUGUGUCACUAGCGUUCGUGUGUUUGGGCAUGUUGUCAGCGUGGCCCACUCCGGUGCUGAGCAAGUUUCACGACAACGAGACCAGUGUAGAUAUCACAGAUAACGGGAUAUCAUGGAUGCUCAGCAUGAAACCCAUCGGGUUCAUAUUGGGCAGUUUUGCGACACGAUUCACGUCGGACAACCUAGGAAGGCGCGCCACCAUAUUAGGGAGCGCGAUACCUAUCGCUAUAGGAAUGCUAAUAGUAGCAUUCGCGAAAAAUGCGUGGUUGCUGGGCAUCAUGACGUUACUGUGGAGCUUCGGCACGGGCAUGUUGUCAACUGUCAUCGGAAUUUACCUAGCCGAAAUAGCAGAUACAGAAAUCAGAGGAACAUUAUCCUUGUGCACAAGGUUUACGUUCCAUUUAGGCAACUUAUUGAUAAUGUGCAUCGGGCCUUUUGUAUCAUACGAGACUAUCAACUACUUGAUGCUUCCCCUUCCAUUCGUCUAUUUCGCCGCUUGUUGGUGGAUCCCAGAGUCGCCGUACUUCCACCUCAAGGAGGGCAAGGUGGACGCCGCUCGAAGGCAGCUUGUCAAAUUGAAAUGCUGUAAGGACGAAAAGGAGUUAGACAACCUUUUAAGUUCGAAGCAAGCAGACGUGAACAAAGAAAUGGAGCGAUCUAGUUCGACGAAGGAAUUGUUCACUGGCCGGCAGUAUAGGAAGGCUCUGAUCAUAUCAGCAGGGUUGAAAGCUACUCAGAUACUGACAGGCAGCGUGACCAUCAAGGAGUACCUGGGCCCCAUAUGCAGGGAGAGUAACAUACCGAAAUAUCAUGAAAGGACGGUGCUCCUCGUGUUCGGAGCGGUCACUUUUGUUGUCGGUAUAAUGUCUACGAUGCUAGUGGACAGGGUUGGCCGUCGGCCGCUCCUCAUCUACUCUUACUUCGUCACAGGGUUGUCACUCGUCGUCGUCGGCGCUUAUUUCUUCCUCCAAGACGUCAUACGUGUCAACCAUGAUUUCUUGGCCAUUUUCGGCUUCAUACCAUUUCUUGCUAUAUUAAUAGCGAACAUUGUCUCGACGAUAGGCUUUAACUCAUUAGUGUCAGUAAUACCAGCUGAAAUAUUCCCUUUGAACGUGAAAGCGGUCGCUAUGACGUCCCUUAACGUGUUCGGCGGCGUGCUAGGGUUCCUAGUAGCGAAAUGCUACCAGAAUGUGAAAGAUCUGGUUGGUUUGACCGCUGUUUUCUGGAUAUUUGGCACUGUUGGUAUCGUAGGCGGUUUCUUUACUUACUUUGUUGUGCCGGAAACUAAAGGUAAGAAUUUGAGGGAGAUACAGUUAAUGUUGGAAGGUGAUUAUACUGCGGUUAAGUUAAACCAAGACGCUGUUAACUGUCAGGUUAACGAAGAAGUACCUUUAGAGGAGGUGAACAUGAACAUCGAAGUUAAAAAAUGAUGUGAUAUAGGUUAAGUCGCAUUUUGUACGUGUUUAUAGUUUAUAUUUACGAUUAAUAUCUUUAUAUUUUAUUCGUUAUAAAAUUGUCUCGAUUGGGUAGCAAAGGCUUUCUGCGUCUCCUUAUACGUCAUUGAAACGCUCGUUCAACGACUGUUAAACGAACGUGAUCUCUAUAGUAAUUAUUUUUUAAGUACACAAUUGACUGACAAUUACUAGUUGCCUAAGAUUUCCGCGAGCGAGUUUACUCGUUCA